AUGGAUCCUGCCGCCAUCCAAGCCCUGGUUCAAGCCGCGGUAGCAGCAGCGCUCCUGAAUCCUGCGGUCAUCAACGCGAUACGACCUCCAGCGGCCCCUGCGCCCGUGCCAGUCCCUUUUUCGAUCACACCUGCGGGAGCUGGUAACACUCCUUGGGACUUCACCUCUGCCAACGGCAUCAAGAUCUUCAUGGCCUCUACGGCACCGCUCUCAGUCGCAUACGAUGGAAACGAGAACGGACUUCGUGACUUCCUACGCAAGAUAUUCCAGAGGGCAGAAUCCUUCGGGUGGGUGGCGAUACUGAUGGUAAAUGACGCGAACGGAGUCAGUCGCGACAUCACAACCCAACACGGAUGCCUCAAGCUUGAGGACGUACAGGCCCACGCGAUCACGUACCUUCGUCUUCAACAGAGAGAACAUCAAGCCUCAGCUUGUCUUAGAAAGCUCCUCCUCGGAUCACUUGUCCCCAAACUUGCUGACAGGCUAUCCACUCGCAGCGAAAACUACACCGUAAAUGCUGCAGCUGCAGCGCAGCAGAAUCAACCAGCACCAGCCCCCAUUAUGAAGGAAGAUGGCACUUGUAUGCUGUUCGAACUCAUCAAGAUGGUGUCAGUGGACACCAGAGCAACAGUGACGAUCAUCAACAAGAGGCUCAAUAACCUCGAAUCGGUCAUGGAAGAAGUCAAGUCCAACGUCGAGGAAUUCAAUGCUGCAGUUGAUGACUUGAUCUCCCAGUUGGAAGCAAGGAGCGUACCGGUUCCUCCUAUGCUAGAGAACCUCUUCGAUGGUUACUCCAACUGUGCCGACCUCAAAUUCGUCAAGUACAUCGCUUGGAAGCAGAUUGCUUAUGAGGAUGGAACCAUCGACCUGGACCAUACCGAACUCAUGAAGAUUGCUCUCGAAAGGUACAAGGUCCUCGUCGAUCGCAAGCUAUGGCUGAAGAAGACAGAACAGGAGAUGGAAAUCCUCACCCUCAAAGCCGAGAUCGUGGAGCUCAAGCGUCCAGGAUCCUCAGCAAAGAAAGCUGGAGCUGCCAAUCCUGGCAAAGCAACUCCUGCCAAAGGAAAGACUGACGACAAGUAUGCUUGGAAGCAGAUCGCUCCCAAGGAUGGAGAGGCUCAAGAGAAGACGGUCGGUGGGAAGGAGUAUGUUUUCUGCCCUCAUCAUAAUACCACCAAGUGGGUUCUCAAGGUCAACGACAAAGGAAUCGUCCAUCGCACUGGCUGUACUAAGAUGAAGGAAGCCCAGGCUGGCUCAUCGGCUGGUGGAAAGAACAAGACAUCGGCGGCAGCCCUCGCAAACGCCUUCGAAGGAGAUGAUGAAGAAGAAUCAGAUACCAUAGUCAAUUUCGUGGUGACCGUCCAAGGCAUCAAGGCUCAGAUCGUCCAAGGACUCCUCAAGAUAGAAGAAGCUCUAGACAGAGAAACAGAGGAACAGCAGACAGCUGGUAUCCUCGCAUUGAUGGCGAUCAACAACAAGGAAGGCGUAGCGUCGGCAGUAGCCGGAUUCAGCCAACAUUGGAUGUCAUGGGUACUCCUGAUCACGAUAGCUGAUCACCCAGUGCGAGUUGCAUCAAGACUCGCCGUCAUCGUGAUUGGGCUGUCGAUCGACGCGACGAUGAUAGCCAUCGCAGGCACGCAACUCGGAUCAGCAUUCCUGAUCAUCACCCUGGCAAUGCAAUCGCUACUGUCUUGGGCGUCCAAACCUCGCGUUGCUCCCCCUUACGUGCCAAAGAGAAUCAGACGCAGACCCUCGGUCAUCAAGUCGAUGGUGACCACGGCCCUUAGGUCGAUGGCGGAGGCAGUCUUGUCAGUAGCACUCACGGCAAGAUUGCUCUGCCAGCUGACUGAUCUUUCGAUAGCCGAGUCAGCGGCAACAACAAGUGUCUCAAGCAGUACUAGAGAUCUGCCAAGGCAACACGUGGAUGAGCCGUUUCUUGACCAAGACACGGACGACGAGGAUGGCCCAUACACGGAGAAAGCCAAGAGAUACUCCAAGCACAAGCCCAACGUCAGGAUGCUGUGGGACAUCACUCCACCACAAGACAGGUCGGAGCCAACGGUACUGCAGCUCUUCAUCAGAUUCCUUCUCUUGCUCAAGGGCGGACUCGAGAUCUCAGUCUCAGAAGGAAAUCCGCUGGUAGCAUACCAAAUGGUUCUGAUGUCGUUGUCCAGUCGAAUCAACAGGAGUGCAGUCGAUCACCAGUAUGACACUGACUCCAUCCUCAUCGCCAUAGACAACUGCUCGUCCAGGUGUAUCACCAACUCCAUGCUCGACUUCAUAGACACCCCCGUCAAAGUAAAGGUGUCGGUACAAGGAAUUGGAGGAUCAGUGAUGGCAACGUACAGAGGCACAGUCAGAUGGGCGAUAGAGGAUGAUCAAGGGAUGGUGCAUCAGUUUGUCAUACCCAACACCUACUACAAUGCGUCCACACCUUACAGACUCCUCUCGCCACAGCAUUGGUCCAAGGUCAGGAACGACAACUCACCUCAGAAGAGAGGGACCUGGUGUGCCACCUAUGACGACGCAGUGGAACUGUUCUGGGAUCAAAGGAAAUUCAAGAGAGUCAUUCCGCUCUCUCCAACCAACAAUAUAGCCAUCGUGAGGAGUGCUCCAGCAUUCGACGCCCUCUAUGCGUACUGCCAUGAGGUGUCCACCGAAAAUCCAGGACACGAUGGUUCUUUUGACGAGACAGAGUUACUGUCUUGUCCGGCAAUGGCUGUGUCCGAUGACGACCAGUCAGUCUCAUCGUCCGACGAGUCGCAGUCCGAAGGUUCCGAUGACGAAGAGCCUGUCAUUCGUCCACAUCCAGAUCUCCCACCGCGAGUACGCGAAGAAAAGGAAGAGUCCGAGAGAUUCCAACAGAAGAUGACGGAUACCUUCAAGAUGGGUGACUCGGCCACCUUUCAUUCCAGAGGAUUAGGAAGUUGGCUGAAAGGGGCGAUCUCCCAUCGUAUCUGGGAAAGGCAAGAGCGCCGCAGUGCUCAAGCUGCAUGUUCGGAAAGGCAACGAGAAGGCCAUGGAGGACUCGAACUCCGCCGAACCAAAUCCAGGUGCCAUCUGCCACGUCCCCUGGAGCAGUGGUAG